CCCCAGAAUCAUUCGCGGGAUAAUUUGAAGGAGAGAGGGGGAUGGACGACACGGGUGCGAUCCUCCUCCAAAUUUCAACUCUCAAGGACAUGCUUGACAAGGUUAACGAUGAAAUCGAAUCCAAUAUUCAAAUUACAAGAGAAAUCGAAUCUGAAAUUGUCAAAAGUGAGGAGAUUGAGAAUUUUCUGGCUGCCAGAGAAUCUGAACUCAUGAAAUUGAUCUACGUAUCGCAAUUUGAACUAAGUGGUUUGAUUGCUGUCACAGUUAACUCAAGAAAAUCAGUAGCAGUUUUGACUGAGGAGAUUAAUUAUCAAAGGAGGAAAAAAGAUGGCCUGCUUGAGAUCUUGAAUGAGAAGCGGAAAAGUUUCUCCAUGGCGUGCAUUGAAUUUCAAAAGAGCAUUGAAGGUGAAGAAAGCAAUGAACUGAGAAAAUUGUUGCUGGAGAAUGAAUAUCUCGAGGAAGAGAUCCAUAAGCUUAAUCAGACAUAUACCAGUUUCAAAAGUUCAGUGUCAGCACUUUCUAAUGAGAUUCUUGAAGAUCUUUAUAAUUCUAGUUCUGAUGGCCGAAUAGCAGGUGUGCUGACUUGAUCUGAGGAGAUCCCGUUGCCUGUGCUUAUAUACCAGACAAGUCACUACUACUACAAAUUACUUCCAUUAUUAUUACUAUAUCCGUUCCAUAUCCUUCUCCCUUAUCCUCAGUACUGAACUUAUGACACUCACAUCCGCUGUUAUCUUUAGUGAUCUUUAGUGAUCUUUGUUUACGUCCUGAUAAGGGUCUGGUUUUGCUGCUUGAUUUUAACAUUGACCUUGUAAUGGAAAGAAAAAGUUACGAUGAAACUGGAAAGUUUAACAUCAAUGGCUGAAGGAUCUAUAUUCCAUUAUCUUCUCUCCUCUACAUGAGGCUCUAUUUUCCGUCCAUCACCAAGUUUAAGAUUUGUUGUUUGGAUUAAGUAAUCACCAUCUUACAUGUGAUGGAAUCUAAAGUGCGACAACUUUGAACAUACUUCACAUGCAAACAUACUGGUUAUCUGCCUCUAUUUAGAUUGCAAAUUACUCCAAUUGCAGCCCUGGAAACUGAGAUUCAUGAAGGGAAUGCUGAGAAUGAGAAAUUGCUGAAGGAAAUUGAGGAUCUUAGGUCUACACUGCUUGCCGCCAUCUCUGAUGCUGACGAUCCAUGGUGAUUACU